AUGGAGCAUGAGGAACCGACUAGGCUCAUCAUCGCCGUCGCUUUGAACACCCGUCUUCGACUGGAUGAAGUGAGGCGCUAUAUGAACUUCGUUCUCCAAGAUCACGCGCACGAGUUCGAAGAUGUCCGGGUUGGUCGACCUACAGUUUUUGCCGGCGACGUCGAUGAAGGAGAAGAAUUGGAAAACUUCCACAUCAACGACUCUCUGGAAGCUGAAUACGAACCACAUAACCAAGAUGAUUAUUUGGGUCAAAGAGUGGCGCUCGUGGCCAGAAUGGGGCGCAUCAACAACGUAGACGGACCACUUGAUAUCCUUGAUUUCCCCCUUCUACCUUGUCCUGAGCCUGGAACAACACCCAAUUACAUUGGACGUAACACUGGAACUUAUCUUCCAAACAGGGAAGAGGUGCAGGCACCUGCGACAAUCGACCCGGCAGACAUACCACUUCCCCCAGCCGAUGACGCCGAGAGGCGACAACCUGUCGAACCGAAGUCGCUCGAUUUCGCGAGUGUCCCUGAAGACUCGACCGAGAAUGACUCCCUAUCUCCUCGUCUUGUUAUUCAAGAACCAGAAAAAGACGCCGAUGCCACACUCGCCAGAGACCAUUUCGAACUUCCGGAAAAGGAAAAGGACGAGAUGUUCAGCUCGUUUGACUCUUCCACGAACGGUAGAGGCAACGGAUCCCCAAAGAACUCUCAGCCAUCGCGCUUUUCCGUCUACGAUCAAUUGACCCCGAAAAGCAAAAAAGAAGGGCUCUCUUCCACUCCUGGCUCAGGUCAGCGAGGGCGCGCACUUGGGGAAGAAAGCCCUGCCCGACGGCGUCUAUUUCUUAUAGACGCAUUCAAAGGAAAGAAGAGGGACUCAUCUACAAGCAGCGAGUCGGAGGAAGCAACCCCGGAGAUGACUUUCGUUUACGAAGGCGGUUCGUUUAGUCCGACGGUGGCGGAGCCGAAGCCAAGACCGUCUUGCCUCAAGAAACAGAAGAAACAAUCUUGGAGCAGCGACGAGGAUGACGAACUCGUAAAAACGGAACCGCCAGCUUCUCCGGGACGCAAUUGUGCUAUGGAUACAACUCCUGUGACGAGUCAAGGCUGCCUCUUCAAUCAAGUGCGCGUUGAUAGAAGUAGCGACACUCCCUGGGAUGCUGUGUCUUCGUCCGCCAACUCGCCAAAUCUAUCUAAGGUCGAGAGCGAGCCUCCAUCUACAACGGAGAUGCAGCUUAAAUCAUGUCUGCGCAAGUCAGUUCCACGCGAGGAUGGUCAAAGUUCUGAUAGAUCGAGGAAAAGUUCGCUUUCCUCCAGGGGAGAAAAGGAUAAGCCUGGCCCGGCUCGACCGUUUAAAAGCUCCCUCUCGGACCGGAAUAACAACCGAAAUCGGCUGAGCGCAUUCUAUCACAGUGGCGAGCGAGGCCGACACUCCUCCGGCAGCUAUCUCCGACACAUGAACAGGGAUGGCCGCUUCCGAAGAGACAGCCGCGAGUCGAAUCGCGACUCCGAUCGCGAAGUCUUCCGCCGAAAGGACGAUCGAACGGAGAGGAGCGACUCUCGUCAAGAAUUUCGAACGCACGAAAAUCGCAACGAUUCUGAGAGGGAAGUUCGAGUUUACAACAAUUCCGGCCGGAAUUACGGAGAUCGGGAAAGGACCGACGACCGUCCUUUCUCGACUCUAAGGAGAGACGAUCGAAACUUUGGUCGAUUCAAAGGUUCAAGGUUCGAGUCGAACCGGUACCAAGGAACAGAAAGAAGAGACGAUCGAGAUCACUCAUCCUUCGGCGAAAGACGCGGCUUCAGUGGCGGCUCGAUGCGGCGUGACUUCCGAGGCGAGCACUGCACUCGCUCCAGCCGCAACUCGUACUCUUCCGACAACUUCCGGCGACGACGACGCGACUCCGACGAUCGUUAG